AAUAAAAAUUUUCUUGCUUUUUGGCAAAUUGUGCAUGUAAAUAAAUGGCAAAAACAGUGAAAAGUUGUAUAAAAAAAUGUGUGGGACUGCGUUUGACAAACGUAUGUUCUAUAAUAGCUGAUAAAUAGGAACUGUAAAAAAUUAGCUGUCCAAGGAAGCAUGGAAAAUGCAUAAUUCUCUAGUGUCCAAGUUGCUGGUGCGGCUUUUGGUGCUCUUUGCUUUGGUCACUGUGGCCUCCAUAUUCCUGUUGACGAAAUGUGGCUUUCAGGAGUUGAAUGCCCAGAUCUACGAUAAACAAACGGGCGCCUCCAUCGGUGAGGGGGACGCCAGUGUCGGCUAUGUUUACCUGCUUAGCGAACGCGAUGCGGAAAUCGAACGCCUCAAGCAUGAAGUGCUUACAUUGCGCGCUCAGAUAGUCCUGCUGCAGAAGAACAACAGCAAGCUUCCAACCCUACACAACAACAAUAGCGGGCCAGUGGAGUCGCCGAGUGCCAGUCCGCCGCUUUCCCAUCACUACGACUGCAGCAGCUAUAUACGGAAGCAAGUGGGCGCAGCGGAGAUUCUGCACGGCCUGCCAUUGAACAACGAGUAUGAGCUAAUACCCUACAAUCACUUUACCUUCACACGCGUCUACCCCUUUGAUCUGGGUCUGGGCAAGCGGGUGGUGGAGAAGCCCAUUGGCUACCGACGACGGGACUUGCUUGGGGCGGUAAACAAAGCGCUCGAAAGCCUUAAUCGCAAUCACACGGCUCGCAUGCGUGGAAAGGCAGCAGCCACAGCGUCGGAGGUCAGCGGCAAAUUCGCGCUGGACGACUUCAUCGAGGGCAUCUACCGAACCGAGCCCACAACAGGCACCCAAUACGAGUUGUACUUCCAAAGUGCGAAGCAGGCCAACAGUGUGGUGCGCAAAGCACUCAUAAUGCGUCCCUUUGCGCCACUGCAGACGGUGAAGCUGUCGGAGAUCGGUAGCGACUCCACCGCUACCGCCAGCACCAUAAAUGUGAUACUGCCACUGGCCGGACGGCUAAGCACCUUCCAUAGCUUUAUGCAGAUGUUUGUGCAGGUGGCGAAAAGGGAUCGUCGUAUCCGCCUGGCCGUCGUCUACUUCGGAGAGAGUGGUCUGCUGGAAGCACGCCACAUACUGACGCGCACGCUCGACAAGGCCAAGCUGCAUGCCAAGCAUGGACGACUCGUGGCCUUAAACGAGACCUUCAGCAGAGCUAAAGCCCUGCGCGUAGGUGCCGAGCACAUAAAGCCCCCAGUCGCAGCCACUGCCGGACCAACUAGCCAAAUUCCCAAUGAUGCGUUGCUCUUCAUGUGCGAUGUGGACAUCGUUUUCACGCCAAAGUUUCUCGAACGUUGUCGCUGGAAUGCCGAUCCGGGAAAGAAGGUCUACUAUCCCGUCGUCUUCAGCCUGUACAAUCCGCACGUGGUUUAUACGCUGCAGGGAAAGUCCCUGCCCAGUGAGGACGACCAGCUGGUGAUAUCUCGAGACACGGGCUUCUGGCGGGACUUUGGCUACGGCAUGACCUGCCAGUAUCGCUCUGAUUUUCUGCAGAUACGCGGUUUCGACGAGGAGCUGGUGGGCUGGGGAGGCGAGGAUGUAAUGCUGUAUCGGAAAUAUGUGCGUUCCAAAAUCAAAAUCAUACGCGCUACCGAUCCGGGCAUCUUCCAUCGCUGGCAUCCAAAGAUAUGUACCAGUUCCAGUGCCGGCCAAGGCGAUGGUGUGCUCAGCACGGAUCAGUAUCGGGCGUGUAUACGUUCCCGGGCCCUCAACGAGGCCUCGCAUGCGCAGCUCGGCUUCCUGGCCUUUCGGGACGAGAUUGCGGCAGCAGGCACUGCCAAUAUCAGCAGCAAUUUGAGCAUCGCUGGAGGCACUCCUCCCACUUCUGUGGGCUCGUGAUACUUGCCAUCGGCCUCUGCUUGCUCCCCAAGGCAAAGCUCCAAUGAACUGCAACUAUACUAACACACUGACAAUAAUCUGUACUUAGCCAAUCGUUGAAGAGUUUAAACUAACCAAGUAGUGUACUUAUCGUAGUCGUAUUCGUAUUCGUUUCGCCGUACUUGAGUCUUGAGCAUACGUAGAUACUUGUAUGACAAAUCGUUCUUCCAUGAAGCGUAAUAGAUGCAAUCUCCACUACACUUAGCCAGAAAUUUUGCAAAUAUAGUAUAUUGUACGACAUAGUAAUAAAAAUACAACAACAUUAAAAAAUUGUAAAAACAAAA